AUGUGGACCCGAUGGACGUUUCUCUUUGAGCAUUAUAUGAAGGCGGGGCACCCGAACUGCAGCCAGAUGACCAUGAUUGCUGUUGUAGCGAUGGUCGUGACAUUAGCGUGUUCCUUGGUGGUGGCUGACGAAACCAUCGCCGACGACUUGGCCGGGGAUUACUGCGCAAAUGUUGGAUGCUGCGGUGAGAGGCAAGAUGAUGUUUGCUCCGCACCGAUAUUGGGCACGAGGUGCUACUGCGACGAUUUCUGCUACCUCAACCGCACCGGGUCCGAUGACUGUUGUCCCGACUUCAUGUCGGUCUGCAAAGGAGUGGAAUCACUCCCGCCUGAACCUCUGAAAAACCCUAAACUACAAUAUUAUACUGAAAAACCGAAUUGUAAUCUUGGAGAAGUGAUUAAUAUAAAUUGCAAUGAAUGCCGAUGCCGAAAAAUCGAUGAAACCCCGACGUUGAUAUGUUACCACAGCGAAUGUCUUAUCGAUCCGUCACUCUUGGACGCGAUUAAGAACCAAAGUCGUCAAUUUGGAUGGUCUGCCAAAAAUUACAGUGAAUUUUGGGGCAGAACAUAUGACGACGGACUUAAAUGGCGGCUAGGUACACUGCAACCACCGGAAAAGAUUUUACAAAUAGUACCUUUGAAAGCUAUGUUCCACCGAGAUCAUCUAAAGUCAUCUUUCGAUCUCCGCAAAGUUUUUGGUGAUAACAUUACCGAUCCUAUCGAUCAGGGUUGGUGUGGCGCGUCCUGGGCCAUAAGUACUGCUCAAGUGACCACCGACCGUUUUGUUAUAAUGACCAAAGGACUAAUGCGCGACGCUCUCUCACCGAAACACCUGUUGUCUUGCAAUAAUCUUGACCUACAACGAGGAUGCCAAGGUGGCCAUUUGACCAGUGCUUGGAAUUGGGUUAGGACGUUUGGACUCGUCACAGAUGAAUGUUACCCGUAUGAUGGUCGGGCGACAGGUUGUGCGGUGUCCAAUCAGAGAAGUAUCAAUAACUUAAUAGUGUCGUGUCCGCGUUCCGCCAAAACUUCGCCACUUAGACGAGUUGGUCUGAUGUACAGAGUGGCUACAGAAGAGGGUAUUAUGCAUGAGAUCAUGAAUUGGGGAUCAGUCCAAGCCAUGAUGAAAGUGUCCAAAGAAUUUUUCAUGUAUGAAUCGGGCGUGUACAAGUGUUCAAAAUUGGAUUUGGGAUCAAAAACAGGAUAUCAUACUGUAAGGAUUGUUGGUUGGGGCGAAGAGCAACAGAAUGGCAAAACAGUAAAAUAUUGGAUCGUUUCAAACUCGUGGGGACUAUGGUGGGGUGAAAGCGGAUACUUCCGGAUACUGAAAGGAACCAACGAGUGUCAGAUCGAAGACUUCGUUAUAGCUGCGAUGGCGGACAUCGGAAAUUUAUGUAACAUAUCGGAAAAGUCGUUCAGAGAAAAUGCUUCAUACACAUUGAACGGCACAAAAAUCGAUAUUUCUUAA